AUGAGCAACAAAGUUGUGUCGUCGACAUUUCGGCACAUUAUUGAUGAUGUGAUCGCAAAUGUCCGACAAGACUUUGAGGAUAUGGGGAUAGAAAAAGAAGUGCUGGAAGAGCUGCAACGAUCCUGGGAGGCGAAGCUGAUUGCGACGCAAGUGACCGAAUUUGAAGGCGCACCAGGGAUGCGCCCACAACUGACGUAUACUCCCGGCACCGCGCCUAACGUGUCGGUUACGGUACCACGCGAUAUUCUCAUCAAAAAAGAAAACAAAGACGAGAAGGAGGGCGGCGCAGCACCCAAGUCCGAGUCGAGCGAAGGCGCAGCGGCUUCCAGCUCGAAGCGCAAGCGCGACGCAAAAGACGAGGGUGGGGACAGCGACGAGAUUGGCAGUGAUCUCGACGACUCAGAAGAGGAGGAAGGCGAUGGAAACGAAGAUAUGAUGCUCUGCCUGUACGACAAGGUACAGCGUGUGAAAAACAAGUGGAAAUGUGUACUACGUGACGGCGUUGCAUCUAUUCACGGACGCGACUAUUUAUUUUCAAAGUGCAACGGCGAGUUUGAAUGGUAG